AUGGAACCAGAGCUGUCCCUUGCCGCUCUCCUUGAGGCUGUCACAGCCCUCACAGCCACAGUUGGGUCCCUACAGGACCAAAUCAGAACCCAGGGCCAACAGCUUGUUGAGCUUAAAGCCAUAUGCAAGGAGACUGCCAACCUUGUUGGCAACAAGGAUCAAGGAAGCACCCAAGCCAAGCCUGGCCCAUCAACUGGGCCUAUCACCCCUCCUACCCAUUUGGGAGGAGAAGCCCACACUCCAGGCACAGUUAGGCCUGGACUCAAGGCCCUGUUCUGCCCCUCAAGAGGGACAGGCUUUGACUCAGAAGAGGAGGAGGAACCCAGAAGAGCCCCCAAGAAAGAGCCUUGUAACAUGCCUAGGAGCCUUAGCUCCCUCACCCCCUUCAACUCAGGGUCCAGUGUGAAGCAGCCCAAAAUGGAACUCCCUGAUCCUUAUAAGGGAGAUACCAGGGGAUGCAAGGCAACCCAGUGGCUAGAUUGCAUGCUGCUGUGGGUUGCCCUCCACAGAGAUCAAUUUGAUGAGGAGGAGCAGAUGGUUGUAUGGAUACUUUACCAUAUGACAGACAAGGCAGCCAAUUGGGUGCUCCCCCUCAUUGGGGCCAUCAUCAAGGGCAAGGGAAACCCCCCCACCACCAUCCUGGCCUUAAUGGCCAAAUUCAAGGAGGCGUUUGCCAACGCCAAUGCCAAGAGGGUGGCUGCCAGGAAGAUUGCUGCAUUGACUCAGACAACCACUAUGUCUGAGUACGUCACCAAGUUCUGCAAUCUCAUAGCGGAACUAGAUUGGAACAAGGAGGCAUACAUUGCCCAGUUCAUGUGCAGCACCUUCCCCCACGCCGUCUCCACAAUUCCAUCCACACGCUCUGGCGUCCCACACCCAUACUCCCGUCCCUCCAGCCGCUCCUCUCAACGUUCCGUGGCAACCCGCUCCCAACCACCCUCUUGCGGCCCAUCACCCCCUCCGCAACACUUGCCCGGAAUGGAACCGGAGCCGACCACUGCCGCUCUCCUCAAGGCUAUCCUCAACCUCACCAACCAAGUCAGGUCCUUGCAGGCCCAAAUAUCAUCCCAAGGCCAACAGCUCGCAGAGCUCAAAGCCAUAUGCAAGGAAACCAACAACCUUGUUGGUGACAAAGACCAGGGCGGAGCCCAAACCAAGCCUGGCCCAUCGACUGGGCCUGUCACCCCUCCUACCCACUCAGGGGGGGAAGCUCACACUCCAGAGGACAAAGAACCAAGGCCCCCCAAAAAGGAGCCUCAAGGAACGCCUAGAAGGCACUUGGGAUCUCUCACCCCCUUUGACGCAGGGUCCAGCGUAAAACAACCCAAGAUGGAUCUCCCGACCCCUACAAGGUUUGACAAGGAGGAGCAGAUGGUUGUGUGGAUUUUAUACCACAUGACAGACAAGGCCGCUGACUGGGCCCUCCCCAUCAUUGGGAGUAUCAUCAAGGGCGAGGGAAACCCCCCUACCACCAUCCAGGCCCUAACGGCCAAAUUCAAGGAGGCCUUUGCCAAUCCCGACGCCAAACGGGCCGCCGCCAGAAAAAUUGCGGUUCUUUCUCAAUCCACCACCACCUCCGAGUAUGUCAUGGAGUUCCGCAAUCUCAUGGCGGAGCUAGACUGGAACAAGGAGGCCUAUGUUGCUAUCCCUGAUGAUCUCAAAGCCAUCUUUGCGGCAACAAUUAAAAUUGACAACAUCUGCCGCGAAAAUGAGGAAAACCGGCCGAAGAAGGUUCCUGCCAAGUCCCUGGCCACCACAGCCACCACUUCCACUACCACCACUAGGGUCCGCCUAUCAGAAGACCCAAACUACGUUACCCCGGAAGAAAGGGACCGCUGCCGCGCAUCUGGCCUUUGUGUCAAGUGCGGUCAAAAGGGGCAUGGCAUCAAACAGUGCCCUAAUGGUUGGAAGGCAACUAUCAAGGAAGUUGCCAAAGUAGCUGAGGAGGAAUCGGGAAAAGAAUAA